AUGACAAGGAUUACGGCUAACGAGUUUUCGGGCGCCACGUUCAGACCGCAGCAGUUUAUCCAGACGGAGAGGCGCAAUUCCAAACUGAACAUCGAGCAACUGAAUCUUUUUGUGGAAUCGAGUCCAGAAAAUGCACAAUUGACCCACGACUUGAUCACCCAAGUGACCAUGGAUCCAGUUCUCAAAACCGGAUCCGACUAUUACGAACUGGACAAAGAUCAACACCGUAAAGCCACGGCCUUGAAGAUCGCCAAAAUGGCCCUCUACAUGGAGCAAGACAUCCAAAUGGCGUUCAAAAGGUACCGCAACCAUGAUGUGGUGAAGAGUUUGCAAACGAAGGAUGAUUUCCCUAUUUUAACUGCUAAAGACUUAGCUGUUUUUGACAAAAGGCUGUCUAUUAUUUCCAACCAGGACCCUCAAUUAGGAACACGCAUAGGUGUUCAUUUGGGUCUUUUUGGUAACUGCAUUCGUGGUAACGGUACUGAUAAGCAAAUAAGAUACUGGCUGCAGGAGAAAGGUGCUCUAUUUAUGAAAGGCAUUUACGGAUGUUUUGCCAUGACUGAGUUAGGGCACGGUUCAAACGUCGCGCAACUACAAACGCGUGCCGAAUACAAUUCCAAAACUGAUUCCUUUGUCAUUAACACACCUGAUCUGCCCGCUACCAAAUGGUGGAUUGGAGGUGCGGCUCACUCGGCCACGCAUGCAACUGUCUACGCAAGGCUCAUUGUGAACAGUAAAGAUUACGGAGUCAAGACUUUUGUGGUCCCCUUACGGGAUCCUGACACUUUUCAACUCUUACCUGGAGUUUUUAUCGGCGACAUAGGCGCUAAGAUGGGACGUGACGGAAUUGAUAAUGGGUGGAUUCAAUUCCAAAGCGUCGUGAUUCCUCGUGAAUAUAUGCUCAGCCGAUUUACCAAAGUGAUUAACGAUGGCGAUGGUGGUAACCCACGCGUGGUCACGGAACCCACUCUGGAUCAAAUAUCCGGCUACAGUGCUUUGCUAAACGGAAGAGUUAAUAUGGUAAUGGAUUCUUUUAGAUUCGGGUCUAAGUUCGCCACGAUCGCUACUCGCUACGCCGUUGGUAGACAGCAGUUUGCGCCAGACAAUGACAAAACCGGGAAAGCACCCGAGACUCAACUCAUUAAUUAUCCCUUGCAUCAAUACCGGGUGUUGCCACAUUUGGCGGUUGUCUAUUUGAUAUCACCGGUAGCCUUCAAACUCAUGGACACUUAUCAUACAACUUUAGAUCAGCUUUACAAGGUUUCUUCAGCUGGCAAUAAGCACCAGCUAAAACCUGUGAGUAUUAAAUUGAAAGACCUUUUCAUCGACAGUGCAAGUUUAAAAGCUACUAAUACAUGGCUAGUCGCAAGUCUUAUUGACGAACUUCGGCAAGCGUGCGGUGGUCACGGAUAUUCUGCAUACAAUGGUUUCGGAAAGGGUUAUAACGAUUGGGUGGUGCAGUGUACAUGGGAAGGUGACAACAACAUUUUAUCACUGACCUCGGCGAGAAGUAUACUAAAAAAGUACGCAGACUUGGCCAAGGGGAAUGUACAAGAAUCUGAAUCUUUUAGAUAUUUGUCGCCCCAGCUGGUCAUGGACGUUUUGAAGGGCACCAAGUCCGCUAAAUUAGAAACGCUAGAAGACUACACAGAGGUGUGGGGUAUCAUGCUAGUGAAAAUGCUGCACUACUGUGCGAACAUAGUCAAGCAGACCAAAAGCACUGAUUCCAUUUCCAAACAUCUGGUGAUGGUUUCGAGAUUCCAUGCUUUCCACUCCAUGCUUCGGGCUUACUUCUUGAAGCUACAAAGUCCCUCAGACUCGCAUGUCACUGACGAAAACUCGAAGAAAAUGCUGUGGAACUUGUAUCGCCUGUUCUCGCUAUAUUUUAUCGACAAGCACUCGGGAGAGUUCCAGCAGUUCAAGGUGUUUACUCCAGACCAAAUCUCGACCCUGGUCCAGCCAAAACUAAUGGCAUUGCUACCUGAAGUUCGUAACGAGUGCAUUGCUCUAACGGACGCGUUCAAACUACCAGAUGCCAUGUUGAACGCCCCCAUCGGGUAUUACGAUGGCGACAUCUACAACAACUACUACAACGAAGUUAUCAAAAACAAUCCGCCGGAGGCUGACGGACCUGGCAAACCUGAGUACCACGCCCAUCUCACAACAAUGCUUAGACGUGGGUUCCAGGAAUCGGAGGACUUGGGUAAAUUAGGAACGUGA